UGAGGACCCCGGAGAAUCGGCGGUGAGCAUGGCGAUCACCACGCAUCAGGAGAAGAGUAUAUUAACGCGUCCGGGUCCUCUGGCGACAGUGUUGAAAUAGCGGCUACAACUACACCCAUAACAGAUUAUACGGAUGAAGAAGAGGGCCUGGCCAUCGUUGAUUCCACCAUCCGAACACUUUAACUUAUCACUGGAUUCCCCUAUCACAUGCCACGGUUUGCGAACGGAAACAGCGCCAGUCGGGAGCUUGCGCAAUUCCUCAAUAAUCGCGUGGUGCGUAUCCCUAAGGAUGACCCUGCUAUGCUGGAAAGGGCGCAACACCACCACUGCGGCGGGCAUUUUGACGAGGAGACUGCGAGUUGUUGCUGGAACCGUUAUUUGAAGGGGUGUGGCUACGCCUAUCCUAACAUGGAACGUGAUUGGGGUGCGAGGGGAAACCGUCGUCCAGUCCCAAGAGAUGCUCCCGACGCGUCUUAAGUCGUUACCAGUACACGAGCUCCUGCAUCUUCUAGCGUAGGAAGUCGAGCCAGCGGCGAGCAGAGAGGCGAACACAUCUUCGGGUCACCAAGGACAGGCACGCGUGCAGCGCAUGUACCAAGCGGAGUCGCGCAUUGCGUCCCCGCACCCACGAAACACCAGAGUGCGAGGUCAAGCUGGCGAAACACAACAACAAAAGCCAUUGACGUCUGGCGAGCAGUCAACUAGCGAACAGGCGGGAGUGUCCUCUGCUUGCCGUCGGAAUCACUUAGGCCGUGAAGUUGUUCCAUAUGCUAUGAUCGGACACAGUUGGGGCGCUUCUCAAUUGGUGUGCAAGGAAGAGUAUGCGAGUCGACGAGCUACUAUUUGCAUAAAUUCCUGGGCUGGACACCACAGCUCCGAGCAAGAAAAGCCAACACAACUCACUCGUCAAUGCUUACUAUCAGCGGCUCAGAAGAUCAUCUCACACAUUGCCGAGAUCCCAUCGGGUACUACAGCAUAUUAUAUAUGCAAAUCGAGUUUAUGUAUAGUUGUGGUGGAGCCGACCUAA